AGCUUAGUCAUCGUGACGUGAAGAAUCGGCGCUCAUCCUACGUGCGCGUUCGCCAAGUUCGCUCGUACGUCAACAGACGACAAAGCGAGUUUAGUUCUCGAAAAUCAUCGCGUCAGUUGCUCGCGAAGCUCGCUCGCCCGCAGACUUCGGACCGGCGUGAGUGACGGACGUGUUAUAUACGGAGACGACGAGGUGACGAAGUUUCCAUCGGGUCGGGAGUACCGCUCUCGUUCGAAUUACGAUCCACGGGUUCAACGUCCCCCCGGGGAAAUGAAUGAGUCGGCUGGCGCGUGAAUUCGCGACCCCACUCUCUCUCUCGUUCUUGUUCAAGAAGCCGGAACGUCAGGCAGGGAGUUAAAGUGGACCGAGCCGAUCAGUGAGUGCGGUUCGCCACUUUCCCCAUGAACCUUCGUCCCACGGCCAUUACGCUCGGUCUUUUAGUCGUGGCCAGUUUCGUCGGGAGCCUAUCGGCGUAGAAUUCGCGGGAGCCGUUCGGAACGGAUGAGACUCGCAGCUGGAAAAAUUCGGCUAUAAUUUUUUGUAACGAGAGAGAAAACAGUCGAUUAGCCGAGUGUAUGAAGCGAGAAGUUUGCAGAGGCUUUGAGAGAUAGACUCGACGAGUGAAUUUUUAUCGCGCGUCUGAUGCAACAGAAUUCCGACAGGCGGCCGCGCGACACUCCAAGUAUAAUUAACAUAUUAACAUUAAUCGCAUUCAAGUAUCAUGAGAUUAACUUGUCGGUCGAAGUUAAACUAGUAUGUAAAGUCGACGAAGGAUUCUAAUGAGGACGCGCGUAAGUGUCGAGAAAGAAAGACGAGCCGGCGGCGGGCCCGUCGCAAAUUUUCUCACCGAGAGCGUCGUUAAGGAGACUUUGCUAUUUGCGAGAAACACUUGACAGUGACGUAUAGUUCGGCCAAUCGUACUUUCUUCGUAAUUUUCCUCUUUUCCUCAACUCGACACAGAACGUUUCGAAAUCCUCUUUCCGAAGUCAUUCAAAACGAUAAUUAUAAAAUAAAGGCGAGCAAACGCAAGAUAAAAUUAUGCGGACAAAUAUUUGCGUAUUUUCAACAUAGUUGAUGUUUACAGUUGGUGUUGUAUUGAAAAUAGAAAAUUACCAUACUUCAGCUCGGAACAAGCCUGCGUGUGUGUGUGUACCAACUUCCUACCUUCGAGUCCAACGUUCACUGCGUGUUCCUCUCCGCGAGGUACUCUCGAGAAAGAACGUGCACUGGUCAUAGGAUUACGUAAUGAGGAGAAAUAAAACUCGAAAUGUCACGGCAAGAAACGUUAUAGUUAUAAUUAGAGUUAGAACUUGUUUACGAAUGAUGUAGUGAUCAAAGGCUAUACCGGACGAGAACAUCGAUUAUCGAGGACGCUUGGAAAUAGUCGUUGAUCGUGAUUCAAUCGAAGCGACAUGGCUCUCAUUGUGAGCGAAGAGGGACAGGCGAUGCUCCGGCAGGAGGCCGUCAACCUGUACCAAAAGGCGCUGAGUGUGAAGAGCGUUUGCGAGGACAUCGAGAACAACAACAGCCUCGACGAUGUUAAAAGCGAAGAGGUUGCGUUGCGAAAGAAGGGUGAAACGCCGGCGCACUAUUCGUCGAACUGGAAGGGAGUGUUAGCACAGUGUCUGGUAACAGGUGCGGUAUUGCUAUUGGCGACCGGCGGCGGCAUGCCGAUUGGUUACAGUGCCGUCUUGCUGCCGCAAUUGUCGGAGCCCAACAGCAUCGUGCAGGUGAAUCAAAAUCUCGGUUCCUGGAUAGCCUCGGUUCACAGUUUGGCCACACCAUUCGGCUCGCUGCUGUCGGGCCCGCUCACCGAAACGAUCGGUCGACGGGGCACCCUCCAGUUGUCGGCGAUUCCACUGUGCAUAGGAUGGUUGAUCAUCGGCUUCUCGAGGAGUGUGAUCUCUAUCUUAGUAGGAAGGGUGAUCUGCGGUCUGUCUGUGGGCUUGAUGGCGGUACCCGCGCAGGUGUUGUUGGGAGAAACGGCGGAUACAGGUCUCCGUGGCUUUCUGGUGUGCGGCGGGUUCGCCGCGUACUGCUUGGGUAUUCUACUAGUCUACAUUCUCGGCGCCACUUUGAAUUGGAAGCUCGUGGCCUUCUACGGCGUCGUACUCCCUGUCCUGUCCUUCAUCGCGUUCUGCCUGCUGCCCGAGAGUCCUGUCUGGCUCAUUAAAAAGAAGAAAAUCGAGAAGGCAAGGAAAGCCUUUCUGUGGCUGAGAGGCGGAGACCUGGAACAGGCGAAUGCAGAGGUUGUGAUGAUGGAAGCGAGGGUAAAAGCCGAUCUGGUUGAAAAGCAACGUCAGGUCGAGAAAAUCUCGCUGAGGCAGCGCGUCUCCUCAGUGAUGUCCGUGAUCCGCGAUCCGGGCGUGCUGAAACCACUGAUCAUCAUCAACGUAUUCAACCUGCUCCAGUUGUGCAGCGGGACGUACGUUAUCGUUUUCUACGCCGUCAAUCUCGUCCAGGAUAUCGGUGGCGAUAGUAUAAACAACUACUUGGCGGCCGUGGUGACAGCAGUCGUCCGGUUCGUCUUCUCCAUCGUCUCCUGCCUUAUGUUCCUCCGAAUAAGGAGGCGAGUCGUAAGUAUCGCCUCGGCGCUUGGCACGGCGGUCUCCUCGUUGAUUCUCGCGGGAUACAUGCUCGCUAGGCAGGAAGGGUCCUCUGUAGAUUCGUACAUGCUGGCCGUAUUCUUGCUGAUCUACGUGGCCAUUAACACAAUAGGUCUGCUAACGCUACCGGCGCUGAUGAUCGGCGAGUUGAUACCGAUGCGGGCGCGCGGCGUCGGCGGCGGAUGCACCUUCUGCAUCUUCAAUAUACUUAUAUUCCUGAUCACCAAGUUUUUCCCGUCGGUGAACAACGUGAUUGGCGUCACCGGGAUCUUCACUAUCUUCGGCGUCUUCGGUCUGUUAGCGGCUGUUUUCCUUUACCUCGCCCUCCCGGAAACGAAGAGCAGUACUCUCGAGGAGAUCGAGGAUUACUUCAAGCAAAGUAAUCUGCUAUGGGUGACGAGGACGAAGGUCAAGAAAAGGAACACGAUCACGAUGAAUAACAUUUGAACGUCUCUCGGGGCGCGUGUAAAUAAGUGCGAGAUUUAAUGUGCGUUAACUGUAAUUUAUACGACCGGUCCCGAGUAAAUGCGUAAUUAUAUAUUUUUAUAUGGAGAUCACACCCGAAGAAUCGAUUGCGUAAUGAUAUUUUUAUAUAUUACCGUUUUGUAUAAGAUAUUUCAGUAACGCGUUGCGCAAAUGAAGAAACGCAACUCGUCCUCGUAUGACGGCGUGUCGAUCAGACACGUACAUGGAAAACUGUAUUUGAACUUUGUCUGCGAUUUACCUUCGAAUAAAAUAGAAUUUCCGAUGAUAAUUGCCGUCGACUAUAUCACGUACCACUGGUGAGAUAGUCCGGUCAGUUAAAAAGAAUUCGAAUCGGAACUAUUUCCAGCGCACUAGCAAUCCAUCCAGCGAGAAGUGGUCCGUCAUCGACAUCGAUUCAUUUCUGUCUGUUAGUGAUCAUUUUCCUUUACCUCGUUCUGCCGGGAACAAAGAGCAAUACUCUCGAAAAGAUCGAAGAUUACUUCAAGGUAAAAUGAUUUGCUCGAAUAGCGAAGCGAGCUCGCGUGUCGAUCGAAGUGGUAAAUUGUAGUAUGCUCAAUUGGACUGUUUCUUUAUAGCCAAAUAAUUUACUACGAGUGACGAGGAAGAAGGUCGAAAGAAGGUACAUGAUUACGAUGAAGAACGUUUGAGCGGCUCGUCUCUCGGUGCGCGUGUAAAUAAGUGCGAGAUGUAAUGCGUUAGCUGUAAUUUAUACGACCGCAGGUUUGUCCGAUUAAACGCGUGAUUACGUAUCUUUAUAUGGAGAUCAGAAUCGAUUGCGAAAAUAAUUAUCUUGUAUAUUACCGUUU